GGCAGCAUCACAGCAGCAGCAGACAUUUGGCGAGGAAAAACAGAGGGACUGCGGACGCAUUUACUGCGCUUCUGCUUCGCGUGGACAUAUUCGGGGGGUUGAAGACAGGAUUGUAUUUGAAUCUCAGCGUUGUGAGCAGUGUUAUUGACGAUCGUCUCUGCCUUUACACCCCCUCCCUCCCACCUCUCCUGCCUGUGUGGAUGGUUGACUGCAGAUUUGAUGGUGCUGCUGAACAGGCUCGUCUGAUUGAAGGCUUGCGGCCAGGGGGGGCAUCAGUGGGGCCGCAGAGAGACAGAAAGCUCCGUGGCUGUCCUCUGCCCCGUGUCUGUGAAUGGACUGCGCCUCAUCCGUGAUUUUCUGCAGUCGCUUUGAGUCAUUUGUGGAAGAAGAUGGCGGACAGGGCUGAGAUGUUUUCCCUUUCCACUUUCCAUUCCCUCUCUCCCCCUGGAUGCAGGCCAGCCCACGACAUCAGCCUGGAGGAGUUUGAUGAUGAAGAUCUUUCUGAAAUCACAGAUGACUGUGGGAUUGGACUCAACUACGACUCAGACCCGUAUGAGAAGGACUCCCUCAUCCUGGAGAAGAAUGACAUGCACCACCCAGUCUGCUCCUUCCAAGAUGACUUCCAAGAGUUUGAAAUGAUUGACGAUGAAGAUGAGGAUGAUGAUGAGGAAGAGGAUGAAGAUGAAGAGGUUGACCCCGAUGCCCCUCCAUCACCCUCUGCAUCCCCUCCUCCCUCCCCGACUCUUGGUACUCUGAAGAGCAGACCCACCACCCUGAACCUCACCACUGCUGUGUCUCAGGAUUCACUGAACAACAACAGCAGUCUGUCUCCAAAGAAAGGAAGCUGGCAGGACUCUUUACAUAAUCCAGUAUCGCAGGGCCGUCUGUCUCCAACUCACUCGUGUCUAGAGGAUGGUAGCCACGUGACAGGCCAGUGCCCAGCUUCUCCGGUUUCCCAUGCACCAGGGUCUCCAACCAAAGGUACUGCCCUCAAACAGGCUGGGGAGGGUGGGAACCCCCAGUCCCCUCACAGACCCCUCUUAUGCGACAUGGAGGGCAACAGGCGGGAGAGGCCCGAAUACGGUUCGUUUGGUCAACACAAGUCCCACCCUUGCUCUGGCAAUGCCACCGAUUCAAAGGUGGACCCUUCAAUCCAGACAACCAGGGUACCUUCUGUUGAUGAACACUCCCAGUGUUCAGACACAGAGGUGGACCAUGACCUCAACAGCCACCACAACCACAAACACUCAAACCAUCGUGCCACUGACACCUACACAAUUACCAGUGAGUCUGGUAUGGAGCCGGAGACUGACCUAGACCCAGAUGGAACCAGUCACUGCUUUUCAUCCACUGCACCCAUUGGAGGCAAUGAUGGGGCUGAUACACCCUUGUCUGAUGAGGAGCUAGAGAAGGACUUUGAAGUGGAAUUCAUGUGUAAGGAGACCUAUGAUAUGGUUUGCAAGGAGAGCCAGUCAUCGUAUGUGGAGUUCCCCUCCAUUGAGCCCUCUGAGCCUGCUUCUUUCUCCAGCUAUGUGUCCUCCAGCCGUUCGGAUGCUCUUGACAAGUCCAACAUGUCACAUGCUUCGGCAGCUUCUGCCACAGAAGGAGCAGUGAAUGAUUCCACCUCUCCAUCCUCAGACCCAGGAAUAGCAGAUAUGAACCAGCAGGGUUACAUGACUUCCGACCAGGACAAGGACCUCAGCUCCCCAGGAUCUGACUCUGACGUUGAAGGAGAGAUAGAGGCAGCAUUUGCCUGUGGAGGUCCAGUAGUCUCAAACAUGAUCUCCUCCAUCUCCGAGACUGAGCUGGACCUGACCAGUGAUGACAGUAGCAGUGGGCGCUCAUCUCACCUCACCAACUCCAUUGAGGAGGCCAGCUCACCCACAUCAGACCAGGAAUUGGAUCCGGAUACUGAGUUAGAACAGGACAGCGGUAUUGUUGGACUAAAAACAUCCCUGCUCCUUGGCCAGCCUGACCCAAUCAAAGAAGGGUCUCCUCUCCCAUCUCCUUCCCCUCUACCCUCACCCACUAUUGCCACACCAUCACCUAUUGACUCACCCAUCCUUCCUCCUGAGUCCUACGAUGAACAAGCUCUGAUAAGGCUGAGGAGUAUGGAUGAUGAUUUAUCUUGUGAGCACCAGGCUGACCCAGAUGAGACUCUUCCUCCAGCUCAACGCUGUGAAGACAGCCUGUCCAGACAGAUGGUGCUGCAGAUAGAACCAGACCACAGUCUAGAGAGCUUCAAACGCUCCUUCUACCUGCCGGUAGGACCCAGGCUAAUGCCCAGUGCAGAUGAAUAUGAUGGAACCAGUGAGGGAGAAUCCGAAUCAGAGAGUGAAGAUGACCUGAGCGAGAACUCAGACUCACCUUGGCUGCUUAGCAAUCUGGUCAACAGGAUGAUCUCAGAGGGCUCGUACCCAAUCAGCUGUCCUGAGGAUUGCUUCAAGAGGAAGGUGUCUGUGUCAGAUACCAUCUCACCAUCUUCAGACAUUGGAGAUGGAGAUGGUUUCAAUGAUGACGACCAAGAGAAAAAAGCAGGAUUUGAAGAAUCAGAAGGAGAAGGGAAGGACAGUGAAGGGCACAGAAAGGAUAGCAUGGGACCAAGAGAUAAGAAAGAAGGCGGGAAGAUAAACCCCCAUCUUUAUAUGAGCAAUCCAACUAAUGACACCAUCAGCCCUUUGAUCGUUGAGUGCUUUGCAAGCAGCAGUAGGGUGAACACAGAGAUCAACUCCUCAUAUCCUACUAAAGACUCUGAGAAGAACUACACAGACAUGCAAUCUAAGAAUUCUGGGAGACAGGAGGAAGAUGAUGAGCCCAACAAUGACUUGAUGAUGCUAGAGGGGAGGAAGGAUCUGGACUCACCAAGCCUCACUGAGAGUGUGGUCAGUGACAAAGAUGAAGGACGAGAGACAGAGCCCAGGCCGACAAGUCGCUCCUCUGCCUCCCUUGAGCGUAUCACUGAGGUUAAAAACAGCCUAACACUGGACAUACCCACCGCCCAGACUAACCGCUGCUUCAGCCUUACCUACUCCACCGACAACGAUGAAGAGGAAGACGAUGGGGACUCCUACCCAUUCCUAGAUGGCUUGAGGAACCAGUCCUACCGGGGUAGUGAUUUAGAGCUUGACAGUUCACCACCCAUUGAUUCCAGUGUCCAAAACCAUCCCUUAUCAGACAAUGACCUUCCUCUGUGUGACAAAGAUCUCGCUCUGAGACAGCCCAGUGAAGAUGAUGGACUUGCCUAUGACUCCAUGAAGUACACGCUAGUUGUGGAUGAGAAUACAACGCUUGAACUAGUCAGUCUCAGAAGAUGCACUUCUGUUCUGAGCGAUGACAGUGAGCUCUCCACACUCUGUGACGAGGAGCCUUUGGGAACAGGAGAGGUGGUUUAUGGUCAUAAUGAUGAGGAAGUAAGGCCAGAACUCCUCAGUUCUUCAGAGGAUUCUUCUCCUGAGGCUGACCUCCCAUUCUCCAAGAAAUUUCUCAAUGUGUUCGUCAACAGCACCUCUCGCUCCUCCAGCACAGAAUCCUUUGGACUAUUCUCCUGUACCAUUAACGGAGAGGAAAGGGACCAGACACACAGGGCAGUUUACAGGUUCAUUCCCAGACAUGCAGAUGAGCUGGAGCUGGAUGUGGAUGAUCCUUUAUAUGUGGAAGAAGAAGAGGAUGACUACUGGUACAGAGGCUAUAACAUGCGGACAGGGGAGAGGGGCAUAUUUCCUGCCUUCUAUGCCAACGAGGUCAUAGGCCAGUCUAAGGAGUUGUUGGGAAUGAAAAGAAAUCCAGCUUGGGUAGACACUUUUAGUGUUCAGUUUUUGGGGUCAGUUGAGGUACCUUAUCACCAAGGCAAUGGCAUUCUCUGCGCUGCAAUGCAGAAGAUUGCAAUAUCGAGGAAAAGGACAGUACAUGUGCGACCUCCUUCUCUGUGUGAGCUGGAGAUUAGCUUGCAAGGAGUGAAACUGAUCAUGAGCCUGGAGGAUGAAUAUGACACUCUUGAUGAGUAUGACAGAUGUAGUCACUUCUUCCAGAUGAAGAACAUCUCGUUCUGUGGAUGUCAUCCGAGGAACAACUGCUACUUCGGCUUCAUCACUAAGCACCCGAUGCUGAACAGAUUUGCCUGCCAUGUGUUUGUAUCCCAGGAGUCCAUGCGACGUGUAGCAGAGAGUGUCGGACGAGCCUUCCAGGAGUACUACCAGGAACAUCUGGAGUACGCCUGCCCCACUGAGGACAUCUACCUGGAGUAAGAAGUGUUGCCAUGACAACCUCCUUCCGUCUCCGCAGCUUGUGUAUGGUGAUCGAGUUUGCC